CCGCUUGAUCAGCCACGCUUCCUUUCUUCAUUCAUCUUCCUUCCUUCCUUCAUUUUUUUAAUAUAUAUAUAUAUAUUUUCUUCUCUCCUUAAUUUGUUUCUCAGACGCUUCUCUUUAUCCUUCGUCUGCAAUCGCCAAACCUUAUCUUUUGCUUCGUAUUUGAGUUGCAGGAUAGCUAGCUAUAUGGCCUGAACUUAGUAAUUUCAUGGGAGUUGUGGAGGAAACUGAACCUCCUUCGAAACGUGCCAAACUCCUUGCUGACGAACCCAACGGCAACUCUUCUGUUAGAGUCAGCAGAAGCAGCGUAACAAACAACAACUCUUUGGGAGACCUGAUGGCGAGGCCUCUCACAACCUCCUCCUCCCAAGGACGGGAUGACGAUGAUGAAACAACAACGAUCGGAUCCAAAGGAGUCAUUAGGAAAUCAGAGUUCGUUAGGAUCAUCACUAGAGCGCUUUAUUCGCUCGGGUAUGGUAAAACCGGGGCUAUGCUCGAGGAAGAGUCUGGAAUCCCUAUGCAUCGUUCCGUCGUCAAGGCGUUUCUGCAGCAGGUGAAGGAAGGGAAAUGGGACGAGAGUGUUGUUACAUUGCACAGAAUCGGGUUGGUGGAUGAUAAGACUGUUAAGUCUGCGUCGUUCUUGCUGCUAGAGCAGAAGUUUUUGGAGCUUCUGAGGUUUGAUAAGAUUGCUGAUGCGCUAGGCACCUUGAGGGACGAGAUUGUGCCGCUUCGUGUUAAUACGAAGCGUGUUCACGAGCUCGCUUCCUCGCUUAUAACACCUUCGAAGUUUGUAGCGAAUGGUAAAGGUAAAGAGAGUGUGAGUUCGAGGUCUAAGGUUCUGGAGGAGCUGCAGAAGUUGCUUCCUGCUUCUGUUAUGGUUCCGGAGAAGAGGUUGGAGUGUUUAGUUGAGAGUUCUCUCCAUAUUCAGCGGGAUUCUUGUGUUUACCAUAAUACUUUGGAUAGUGAUCUGUCUUUGUUUUCUGACCAUCAAUGCGGGAAGCACCAAAUUCCUUCUCGGACUCUUCAGGUCUUGGAGUCGCAUACUGAUGAAGUUUGGUUCUUGCAAUUCUCGCAUAAUGGCAAAUAUUUAGCUUCCUCUUCCAAGGAUCAGACCGCAAUUAUAUGGGAGAUCAACGCAGAUGGGCACUUUUCAUUGAAGCAUAAACUCGUGGGGCACCAGAAACCCGUGACUGCGAUCUUAUGGAGUCCUGACGAUCGUCAAGUUCUGACGUGUGGAGCAGAAGAGGCUAUCAGACGCUGGGACGUUGAUUCAGGAGACUGCAUCCACAUGUACGAAAAAGGCGGCGGCAUCGGUCCCAUUUCUUGCGGAUGGUACUCUGAUGGGCAGGGGAUAAUCGCCGGGAUGACAGACCGGAGCAUCUGCAUGUGGGAUUUAGACGGUAGAGAGAUGGAAUGCUGGAAAGGUCAGAGGACGCAGAAAGUAUCAGACAUAGCGAUGACGGAUGAUGGCAAGUGGCUCGUUAGUGUAUGCAAAGGUUCCGUGAUAUCCCUGUUUGAUAGGGAAGCGACAGUUGAGAGGUUGAUCGAAGAGGAAGACAUGAUUACAUCUUUCUCGCUUUCAGACGACAACAAACAUCUUCUGGUGAAUCUCCAGAACCAGGAGAUCCGUCUUUGGAAUAUCGAAGGUGACGACGACCCCAAGAUUGUGAUGAGAUACAAAGGCCACAAGCGUUCACGGUUCCUCAUCAGGUCAUGCUUUGGUGGGUAUCAACAAGCUUUCAUCGCUAGCGGAAGCGAGGAUUCUCAGGUAUACAUAUGGCACAGAUCAACAGGGAAGUUAAUCAUUGAGCUACCAGGACAUGCCGGAGCGGUGAACUGCGUGAGCUGGAGCCCAACGAACCUUCACAUGUUGGCUUCAGCAAGCGAUGAUGGGACCCUAAGGAUAUGGGGACUUGACAGGAUAAACCCACAGAGCCAGAAGAAGAAGCAAGUGCAACCAAGUAGUAGCAAUGGUGUGCUUCACCGAUGCAAUGGGAACUGAUUAUGAUUUACCUUUUUCUCUUUAAAUUACUUAACAGUUAUGUUGUUUUCUUCCUUCAUCAAUCUCUUUUUACUUCGUUUCCUUUGGCAUGGAAACAAAAGAGAAAAGCUGUUUUUAAUCCUGAACACCCAUGAAUGGAAUGAAAAGAAAAUGCAAAUUGCAACA